AUGAAGAUAUUUUUAUUUUUAGGAAUAAUUGCAUUAUUGGUCAUCGUGUGCGCGGCCGUGGGGCGGGCCCAAUCACAAGAAUGCCCGAAAGAACAGGAAACUAAUUGGGAAAUUGAAUUGUUGCUGAGACACGAGGAUUGUGAUAAGUUUUAUAAAUGUACAUUUGGUAAGCCCGUUGCAAUGAGUUGCCCGCCGGACCUUUGGUUCAACCUGGAAGAAUGGCGUUGUGACUGGCCACGAAACGUAGAUUGUGAGGACCGUAAUAUUCCUGCCCAGUCAACAACGACGAGUUCGACAACUACCUCAAUUACUGCUUCGAGUACUACGCCUACGCCUCCAACCUGCACCACCUUCGUACCUCGACCACCUAGUCUACCCAAUGGAUGCCCUAUAGACCCAAGCAUCCACUGGUUGCUGCCUCACCCAACUGAUUGUUCCGCCUUCUACCAUUGUGUCUGGGGAAGACUAGUGUUGAGACACUGUCCUGCCAAUUUACAUUUCAACGCAAAGAUUCAGAUUUGCGACUGGCCUUCAAACGCCUCAUGUCAAGUUUGACAUCCAGACUGUUACUGAGUUAAUUUACUCGAAGACCACAUGACUACAACGAAUUCAAAUGAGACGGUGUGAUAAUAAUUAUUUUUUUUUAUUAUAUUUUGUACUUAACAAUAUUUUUAUAAAUAAAAUCUAAGCAAGC